AUGGGUUCCUUACCAGAGACAAGGGAAGUCGCUCCUCGUGCCGCCAUUAUCCACGCUCACGAAGAAUAUAAGCGCAAAAACCCCCAAUCUCUCAAAUACCAUGAGGAAGCCUGCAAAUACAUGCCAGGCGGCAACACGCGGACAGUGCUGCACACAAAUCCCUUCCCACUAACCAUCGACCACGGAAAAGAGUGUUAUCUGACAACCGUCGACGGGCACACCUAUGUCGAUUUCCUAGGUGAGUAUACUGCAGGUAUCUACGGGCACAACCACCCCGUCAUAAGACAAGCAGUGGAGUCCGCAUUGCAGGGUGGCUGGAACUAUGGAGGUCACAACAAGCUGGAGCCGGAACUGGCAAAGACUGUAUGUGAACGGUUUCCUGCCAUAGAACUGGUGAGGUUUGUCAACUCAGGCACGGAAGCCAAUAUGAUGGCGCUCGCCACGGCGCUGGCUUUUACUGGAAAGAAAAAGGUCCUCAUCUUCUACAAAGGCUACCACGGCUCAACAAUUUCAGGACGGACCCCUUCUGACAAAACCUCCAUCAAUCUCCCACACGACUUCGUUCUGGGUACAUACAAUGACGUCCAAGGCACUGAAGCGCUCGUCAGUUCUCUUCCCAAGGAUUCCCUCGCCGCAAUUUUACUGGAACCCAUGCUCGGGUCCGGGGGAUGCUACGCCGCGAGCAGCGAAUUCCUAUCUACGCUCCGCCGGCUGGCGACCGACCACGGCGCGCUGUUGAUCUUCGACGAAGUCAUGACUUCGCGCCUGCACUACCACGGCCUCGGCAGCCAAACGGGCAUCACCCCGGACCUCAUGACGCUUGGGAAGUGGGUGGGCGGCGGAAUGAGUUUUGGGGCGUUUGGGGGAAGGAGGGAUGUCAUGAAAAUGUACGACCCGCGUGAUGGCCAGCUCCAGCAUCCGGGGACUUACAAUAACAACUGCUUCACCAUGAGCGCCGGGGUGGCGGGCUGCAGACUCUUGGACCCAGAGACACUCCAUGCCCUGAACGCGCGGGGCGACCGUCUGAGGACGGAGAUUGAGACCGUGCUCUCCAAGCGUGGAAUCCUGCAGGGAAGUACCGUCCCAUCAGGUCCGGUGACAGACGAGAUGCAUACCAGACCCGGCCACCCGCAGCGGCCGCCGAAGAUGUUCAUCAAGGGCAUGGGCAGUCUCAUGGCCAUCCAGUUCGCGGGUCGCGAGGCCGGCACCUUGCAGGACCUCUUCUACCAUCACAUGCUGGAGCAAGGCAUCUACAUGGCAGCGAGGGGGUUCGUGGCACUCAACAUUAUGCUGACCGAGGAACAUGUGGCCAUGUUUGUGAGUGCUGUGGAGCGGUUUUGCGAGGUAUGGGACGCGGAACUGAAGUGGUAG